UUCGUAGUCGCAAAAAGUCAAUCAGAAAUCAGAAUCGCAGACUGAUUUGAGAGGUUUCGCGAGCGUUUCGAGAGAGCAAGCAAUCAAAAACUUUUCCUCCGUCUUCUUGAGUAGUGAACCAUAGUGCUAGCGGUGCUUAUAUUUUUAGCUGGAAUAAUAAAGUACCCGACGAGUUAAGUCGCUAGAGCACACUUACACGGCAACUUGGACGUCAUUCGAUGGGUGACUAUUCGGCAAUUAUCGUACGAGAUAUUAGUAAAAAAGGUCUGACAAUAGCAGCGGCAGCGGCGUGCAGUCGUUAUGCAAUAGGCGAAGGCAACGCUAGCGGUUAUCGUGAUUUGUAAGCAAACACCGCUAUUGAAAUCUUCAAUACACGCGAUCGCGACAAACGAUUUUAAACGGAAACAUUGGUCGGUCCAGAGCACUGCUGAUAUCACGAAGCGACAAAUAGAGCUUAUAUUCUGCUGGCAGUGCAGAUUUUGCUGUUGAGCUCCACCCGCGAGGUAUUCAGUCAGUCUUUAUCAAUCCGCCGUCAGGAUGAGUAUGAGUUCAUACACCGAAAGCAGCUCCGAGGAGGAUGAUCUGUCCCCUCGGGACAAGGUGCAGCAAAACUCCAAAGGACAGUCGGAUUUUUGCGUGCGCAACAUAAAGCAGCACUCGUUCGGUCGACAUGAGAUCGAAAUUGCCGAACAGGAGAUGCCAGGGAUUCUGGCCCUUCGCAAACAAGCCCUCGAGGAUAAACCGCUCAAGGGGGCCAACAUAGUUGGCUGUACGCACAUCAACGCACAAACGGCUGUGCUGAUCGAAACGCUCAUAUGUCUCGGGGCCAACGUCAGAUGGGCCGCCUGCAAUAUCUACUCGACACAGAACGAGGUUGCUGCGGCCCUGGCGGAAAGCGGUGUUCCUAUCUUUGCCUGGCGGGGUGAAAUCGAGGAGGACUUUUGGUGGUGCAUUGACAAGUGCGUUCAUGCCGAAAACUGGCAGCCGAACAUGAUCCUGGACGACGGUGGCGAUGCUACGCAUCUGAUGCUGAAGAAGUACCCGGUUAUGUUCAAGAUGAUCAAGGGUAUUGUGGACGAAAGCGUCACCGGAGUACACCGGCUGUACCAGCUGUCGAAGACGGGCAAGCUGACCGUUCCGGCGAUGAACGUGAAGGAUGCCAUUACCAAGACCAAAUUCGACAGUCUGUACAGCUGUAAGGAGUCGGUUAUUGAUAGUUUGAAAAGAGCCACGGAUAUUAUGAUUGGUGGUAAACAAGUGGUUCUUUGCGGCUACGGUGAGGUGGGCAAAGGAUGUGCUCAAGCCCUGAAGGGGUUGGGUUGCAUCGUGUACGUUACAGAGAUCGAUCCGAUCUGUGCCCUCCAAGCCUGCAUGGAUGGUUUCCGUGUGGUCAAGCUGAACGAGGUGAUAAGGACAGUUGACGUCGUCAUCACGUGUACCGGUAAUAAAAAUGUAGUGACCCGUGAGCACAUGGACAAGAUGAAGAACGGUUGCAUCGUGUGCAACAUGGGCCAUUCGAACACGGAAAUCGACGUCAACAGUCUGCGAACUUCGGAACUGCAGUGGGAGAAGAUGCGUUCCCAAGUCGAUCACAUCAUUUGGCCUGGCCCAGACGGGAAGCGGAUCAUCCUGCUAGCCGAAGGACGUCUCGUAAAUUUGUCUUGCUCAAGUGUUUCCUCGUUCGUGGCUUCUAUCACAGCGGCCACUCAAGCAUUGGCUCUAAUAGAACUAUUCAACGCUCCGUCCGGACGCUACAAGGCGGACGUGUAUCUGUUGCCGAAAAAGAUGGAUGAGUAUGUUGCCAGCCUUCAUCUGCCAACACUGGAUGCCCACUUGACGGAAUUGACAGACGAGCAGGCUCGUUACAUGGGUCUGAACAAGGCUGGUCCAUUUAAGCCCAAUUACUACAGGUAUUAGUACGCUAUUAUAUCCGAAAAGAAUUUAGCCGGCCGUCGACAUUCCGAUCGAAUGUUAAUUAGUAUAUUUCAUUUCGCCAUACCACCACUAAACUGCGGUCGACUGUCGUCGAUGCAGGAGAAGUUGAUUUAAACAAGAAAAAAACAGUACAGAACAGUAAUUAGUUUAUCCAUUAAAGAAAAAUAUGUUAGUUACUAGGCAUCGUAGAAAAUUGUAGAUACCGUAGACUUUUAGAACGUGUAGGACAAAAAACCGCAGCAGCAAAUUGAAACGAAACUCUUCCGCUUCCACUACUAUGCAACAGAAAACGGCACGGCCAUGUUAUAUACACUGCAUAUAUAUUGUUAGAAUCGGCGCAAAGUGAGACGUAUUUUGUGGAUCAAUGCAUGCGAUGCAGCGUACCGGAAAUAACUACAUAUACGAUUCAAAAGAGUCAAUUCAACUAUCACGUUUUGCAUCAAAUCGAGCAGCAUAACAACGCUUUCAACUCUUGAUCAAAUCGUCGUAUUAAUACGAGAUAUAUGUACUACUAUUCUAAGUUUUAUCGAUUGAUUUUUUACUAUAAAAGCAUUUGGUUGUAAGCAAAUAAGGCAUCAUAAUUACAUAUUAAGCGUAUUGUUUACGGACGCACUUGUUUCCAGUAUACAGGUACUAUCGUAUAUUUAAACUUAAUUUUCCAAGGAGCUUUCGGUCUCCUUUGUGCUAAACUCGGAUUAGGUCAAAAUGGAAUCAAGCCGAGAUCAAGCGAUUGAUCAACAAAAGUUUAGGAAUAAAAAGAAAAUUCU